UCUUAGCUAUGCAGUAUGCAUUACACUGGUCAAUUACCGGAGUAAUUUAUUUAUUACUCGUUAGGGAAUCUGGAUCCAUUUGCAUAUUCUGAUGCUGGCUUUUUUUUUUUGUUGGUGUGAUGACUCUAUAGCGGUGGUGAACUCCCAUCCCAACUCAAUAUGGAAGAUACGGAGAGUUGCAGCAGCAGAGCAUCGGAAUCUUCGCCGAGUCCCGGUCGGAAACGGCGUCUCAAGGUCGAGGUUUACCACGACGUUCUCCGAAGACUUGAGGAGUCCGAAGUCGAAGAAGUUAGCCGGCCUGGUUUUAAAGAUGAGCUCUGGAAUCACUUCACUAGGCUUCCUCUUCGUUAUGCUUUGGAUGUAAAUACUGAAAGGGCACAAGAUGUCCUUGUGCACAAGAAAUUGCUUCAUUUGGCACAUGACCCUUACACCAGGCCAGCAUUUGAAGUCCGCCUUGUGCAGGUUCAUCCUUUCUCUGAUGGAAAUGCUGAUGAUUCAGUUCAUUCAAGCUUCACAAAAAGCGUUCAGAAGUACAAUCAUCCUUGCAGACUUCAUCCUCCACCGGCUUUCAACUUGUCAUCUAAUUCUGAAUUUGCACAAGAAGCAAACAGAGCUUUUAUUCAGCGUGGAGAUAGUUCUGUGAGUGGACAUUCACACUUAUAUCGUCCUCUGCACGAAGUUACAAUUUCUACAAAUGACAAGCCAAAACUCCUCAGUCGCUUGACUUCCUUGCUUUCUGAGGUUGGGCUGAACAUUCAAGAAGCUCAUGCAUUUUCGACAUCAGAUGGCUACUCAUUGGAUGUCUUUGUUGUUGAUGGUUGGGCCUAUGAGGGAACAGACCAGCUCGUAAAAGUAUUAGAGAAAGAAAUUCCAAAGAUCGAGGAAUAUUCUGGAUUAAAUCCAGAAAUGUUGCCUUCUCGUGUAAAGUUGGAGCAUAGUAAGAUUGCACUUCUCCCAGAUGAGGUCAACAUACCAAUUGAUGAUAGUGAUGUCUGGGAAAUCGAUGCCAAGCUGGUGAAAUUUGAGCAUAAAAUUGCCACAGGAUCAAAUGGUGAUCUAUACAAGGGCAUCUUUCAUAGUCAGGAUGUGGCAAUCAAAGUUCUUAAAGCUGAGCACUUAACUGAAACAGUACAAAGAGAAUUUGCUCAAGAAGUCUACAUUUUGAGGAAAGUUCGGCACAAGAAUGUUGUGCAGUUUAUUGGUGCAUGUACAAGACCUCCACUCUUGUGCAUUGUAACUGAAUAUAUGCAUGGAGGAAGCAUCUAUGAUCUCCUGCAUAAACAGAAUGGUGUACUUAAGCUACCUGCCAUACUCAAAGUUGCUGUUGAUGUUGCAAGAGGAAUGAGCUAUUUGCACCAGAAUAAUAUAAUCCACAGAGACCUUAAGGCAGCCAACCUUCUCUUGGAUGAGAAUGAAGUAGUUAAGAUCGCUGAUUUUGGUGUAGCUAGAGUGCAAGUUCAAUCUGGUGUCAUGACUGCUGAGACAGGAACAUAUCGCUGGAUGGCUCCUGAGGUUAUUGAACACAAGCCAUAUAAUCAUAAGGCUGACGUUUUCAGCUUUGGAAUAGUUCUUUGGGAGCUGCUGACAACAAAGCUUCCUUAUGAGCAUAUGACCCCAUUACAAGCAGCAGUUGGUGUGGUCCAGAAGGGUCUAAGGCCUUCCAUACCAAGGCAAACUCAUCCCUUGGUGGUGGAAUUACUUGAGAGAUGCUGGCAGCAAGAUCCAUCCUCAAGGCCAGAGUUCUCCGAGAUUGUUGAAAUCUUACAAGACAUGGCAAAUAGGGUUGUUCAAGAAGAGCGGGCCCCCAAAAGGAAAAGCCUUGGAGAACCCUAUCAGCUCAUGGAUGUAUUGGGCUGAACAGGCAAGAAAGUGAAAAUGCUGCAUGUUGCUUGCGUAGCUACCCAAGUUGCAGAAGAGGCGGAAGUGUUCCCCCAGCUGCUAAGCGGCAUAAGAGCGAGUGGAAGCAAAAGAAGCAAUUUUGUCCAAAAGAAUUUCCUACACCAGCGAUUGCAUAUCUAACGGGUCGGAACCCUCCACAGAUUAAUGGAAGCUGACCCCUUUCUUUUCGUAAUUCUUCGUGUUUUUUCCCCUUGGCCCCGUUGUUCUCUUUGAGUAGUUGGAACGUACCUUCUCGUAAGGUAUGGAACAUUGUUGUAUAGUCCAUUUAGAACGUGUACUAGUUCUCUUCCAAGUUUGGUACUCAGAAAAAAAAAAAGAAAAAGAAAAUCACAAGUAGGUGUAGUUUUUCUGCGAUGAAGAGCUCACUGAUGCGGUAUAGUCUUGGAACAGGACUAAGAGCGUAGAGGAAGCCUUCUUCAUCGCCGUCCAUUGCUGGUCUCAAUCACACAAACUUUUCAUGGUGUCACUACUAUUAUGCUUCGGAUUUCA